AUGAUUGGCGGUCGCGUGAGCUAUCCACUGUUCGCAGUAUCGAUAAAAUAUAUGAGUAAGCCGUCUUUUCUCCGCCAAACAACCAGUUUUUCCUCUCUGUACACCCGACCUGGCCGCAUUUCUUUUCCGCCUUUUUGCGUCUCUACUUUGUUCCUAAAACUAUCGUGUUUUUUCGUAUAAUAUUCAGAAACGGCUAUUAAACUGAAGUAAAGAAUUUUUUAUUUAGUGUAAUAUUUUGGACGUAAACGGAGCUUUGCGCUGAUCCCGAGCUACUUAUUCAAUCAAAAAAUCGAGUUUAUUCUACAGAGUUUCAACCUUGAAAACUUCCUAGUUUUCAUAAAAUCUCAGUAAAAGAGUUAGAAGAAACUUUUCUUAAGACUUCAAGUCGUGCUGUUUGAAGUUUCUAUAGCUUGUACCACGGUGGUGUGUCCGCAAAUAUACCAGAAAAAUCUCGAGCGGAAAGUAAAAUAAUCUCUUUUUUAAUUCCAUUUUUUUUGUAACCGAUAAUGAUUUUUCCGGCUCCUUUUUUUACAUCCAAGUUUUUAAACAGUAUUUUUCCCAGAGUGUCAAGUGCUCCUCUGCCACCCAAACAGUCAACUUCAGACCAGAACUCGGUUGCCAAACGAGCUCUCUUCGCGUCAAAAAUCGCCAUUCAAUAGUAUCUGUCAACAGAAAAGUAUCGGUGGGCAAACUUUCUCACAUUCUGCCAUUCUCACACUUUGAGUUUGGAUCCUGUGCGUUUUCAAAGUUCUUAACUGGCGAAUGACGACGAGUCUGGCCGGAGAUUUAUCGGGGCUCGGCUACAGCUGUCCACAUUGAUUUGCCGUUCAAUGUACCUUACGGCCAAAGUCUUUGUCUAACCCCUCUUUCCGUUUUCUAUCCGUUGUUUUGAAAGUUUUCUCAAUGACUGGUUUCAGUUUCAUUCUCUUUUUUUUUCCGUUCAUCAAUGAAAGUCAGUUUUUUUCAGUCCACGACAACAAAGAAUGAAAAUCAUAGUCGCCUUGUCCUUGUUCAUCGUUCUAAUGGCUACAACAGGUGAAAAUUUUUGUCUUUGAUUCUUUAGAUUCUCAAAGAAGAAUAUGCAUGGGUCUGGGUGUGCAUGGAAUUAACUGAGGAAAAAGAAUAUUUUUUUUUAAUUUUUUGUUAACCGCGCGCCGUUUCUAAUGUUAUGAAUGAACGGCUGGAGGGGCAUCUUCUUUUUUCGUUACAGUAUAGCAAAAUCAGCAAAGGAAAAAUGUUCAUCGUUCUCAAUCCCUCAAAACCUUUUUGACGCUUUUCUGAAAUAAAAGAGAAUAAGUCACACCGAUUUUGCAGAAGCUGCGAAGAGGUGUUACUCAGGCUCGAAGGACAGGUACGAGUCUCGUCAGUGUGACACCGGAAUCGACGGCAAAUUCGUCUGUCAGAAGUUCACCUGUGAAGGCGGCAAAUGUAAGCUUUUCAGCUACUUUAUCCUCAGUUUCUUCCUCAAAGUUUCGGUUUUGCACUUUUGAGUUUUCACAAGAAAUUUAUUUGGAUGUCUUCUUUCAAAUACCUCUCGAUCUGUCGAGAAUUCAGCUCCGUUUGUGUUGCGGACGUGUGCCUCCAAGUCGAUGGGCUGUCUGGCCGGACCGGCGAUCUGCAAGUUCAGUCAGGGCUCUGGCUCGUGCUCCCGCUGCGACAGCGACAACUGCAACGCCUGAACUCCUUUUUUUGUUUGUACUUGCGCACUUCACAGAAUUUCUUCCCUAUCUUUCCCUUUCGGUUGUCUUCUAAGUAUCAUUGUUAAAAAAUAUCUAGAUUCCUAUUUGCUCCGUUGAAAACUAGAAACUUUUGGGAAAAAAAAAAAUCAAAUAUUCAAAUUUCAUCCUCGGGUAAAGUUUUGUUGAAGAGUUUUUCUGCGAAAUUAGAGAGAAACAUGACCGAUCUUCGUUAUAAAUUCAUAGGAAAUCAUAUUUUUUGUUUGGUUGACAAAAAUGUCGCACUUUCAUAUGUAUUAUUCAGCAGCUGCAGGCCUUCUUUUUCUUAAAUGGCGCAUCCAAAUAACUAACUUGUCUUCCAUUCCAAAUGCAUUCGAUCGAAAAUUCUCAUUUGGUGAUAAUUUUUUUUGAGUUUCUUUUUUAAAAGUCUGAUUGAAAAAAAAGGUUCACCUCAGAAAAAUAGCUAUUUGACAGCUUGAUAAAUUUUCCGCUUUUUUGUUUUGUGAUCCCUUUGUGGUUUUGAGUUGUAUCACAGUGUUAGAGCAUGCAACUUUUUAAGUGUUUUUCACUAUGAAUGGCAAGUUAUCAUCCUAGACGAAACUCAAACAAAAAAAUAUUUUUUUAUAAUUAAAACUUUCGUCAAGAAAUGUAUUAAUGAAAACAAAAUGAUCAUCUUUUUUUGGCAUGUUUAUAUAAUCUCAAUUUUUUUGGAUCUCAAUUUAAAAAAAAAUUAAAUCUCAUUUUUUAAAAAGAAAUUUUUUUAAGCUAUAGAGACAAACAAUUCUGCGUGACCCAAACUUUGGGACAUACGCAUAUAAAUCAAUUCCAACUUGUAUACUCAGUUUUUAAAAAAAGAAGCCAGCAAUAUAUUUUUUUAACAUCUAGAUAAAGUUCUAGCUGAAAAUAUAGGCGAUAGUUUUGAGUCUAUGAGAAGCCGCUUUUCAAAUACCGUUGCCGAACCUUUUUUCGGGCCGAGUUCGAACUUUUUAUCUCAUAUCGCAAGGUUAUCUGAGGGAUCAGGUUGCCCAUGUAGUUCAAGACAUUUAACACGUGUCCGGUGACAAGACGACGCUUGCAGUGGACUCGAAUUUCACGGUGCGCGCUUGUGCUCCGGAGGGGUCGCGGUGCGAAGCUUCGUCGACGGUCUGUGCCGACCAACUCGGCGUCGGCGUCUGCUCCAUCUGCGACGACGACAAUUGCAACGGCGCCACCGUCGCCGCUCUCUUCGGCUCCCUUCUUGUCGUUCUUCUCGUUUCUUGA